AUGCUGACGAGCGGCGAGGGCCCUUUGAAGCACUGCCCUGUUCGUGCCGACCAUAGGACUUGUUUCAUCACCAGGGACAGGAACUACCUGAGGCGAGCCGACGCCAUCCUCUUCGACGCCAUCAGCGUCAAUUACUACGACGUGCCUACGUAUCGACACAAAGGGCAGGUGUGGGUCAUCAGGGCACGAGACCAGGAAAUCUCCAACGACCUGCGACUCAUGGCCACCCAGUUCAACUGGACAAUGUCGCAGCGCAAAGACGCCGACGUGAUCAUGCCGUACAAGACAUGGGCUUCCGUAGACACUGAAAUAUCACUCGACGCCUUCAACCGGAGCUUCAAAUCCAAAUACAGGUCCGCCGUGUGGUUGGUGAGCAAAUGUGAGGCCGAUCGCAUCAAAUCCUCACCAAAAACAAUCGAAAACAUAACGAACGAAUUUCAAUUCGCCCAUUUUGUUGCGAGCGCCAGCAGCGCCUACAUCAUUGAGAACUGCGGCGGCAGGCUGUGCCGCAAGAACCCAGACGCUUGCUUACGGGUUUUUCAGAAGCUCUACUACUUUGUGUUCGUCGUCAAUAGUUCACCCUGCUUCGAGCAUCCGAGUCACUUACUGUUCAGCGCUCUUCGGUACUUUAUCAUACCCGUCUACUUCGGACGUGCCAGACUCGGGAAUACGGUACCGCCUAUGUCGGUUGUGGACGCCACCGCGGCUCCUACAGUGGCGCAAGCUCUGGGCGAGAUGAUCAAGAUUUACCACAACUUCAACUACUACCACACUUUCAUGAUUUGGAAAGAGAAAUAUGUCAUCACUACUCCCAAGAAUGAUCUGUGCGCACUAUGCGACGCCCUGUACGAGAAUCGGCCCUGUACUUGGAACAAGGACGUCGUGCAGUGGUUGGGACGGCCCCAGGAGUGCACAGAACUUCCCGUUGACCAUCUGUAUCCAAAAAGCACCAGACAGGCCAAGGAUUUGGGCAUCCCAAUUCGUUCUACCUUCAAGAAGAAAAGAUAA